UGUCAAUUCACUCCUUUAAUUAAACAAGGCUCCGGGUAUUCGCGAAAAUCCAGCCAUUACCCAAUGAAUGAAACGUACCUGCCCCAUCACCGAGUCGACUGCGAGACUGAUAUGUAAGGAUCGUCAUGUAUGUACACUCUUUUUUCUGGUUCUUUCUUGGGGUAUCGAUUCCAAAACGGUCGUAUCGAGACAGAGCCUGUGCUGAAGUGGUGUGCGGUGGCGGUCUCACUUCUUCUUGUUGCCGCUGAUGCCUAGCUUGCCUAAGAGGCCUUCCAUGCGACUCCCUCUCCUCUCCCUUGCAGCCGGCGGAGCGUCCAUUCUAGGCUCAUCUUGCGCAGUCGUCUCCACCGGAGGGGCAGUUGCGGGGGCAGCGGCAUCGGGGGCGACACCGUCUACCGCGGGAGCGGGAUUAGUGGCGGGAUUCUCGUUCUCCCUCAGUGCAGCAUCGACGUCUCUCAGCUGGUUGGCCGGGGCGGAUCCUGACCUCUCCCGGUCGAGCUCGGAACCGCCGACGCCCAGCUUGGAGCUGCCCUCGCCGUUGUCCUGGUGUAGGCGCGCGGGAAUGGUAUUGGCCUGGGUGUUGUCAUAUGUGAGCGGAUCAGGACUGCCCUCGCGAUCGAGCGACAGGUCGCCCGUGGUGUUGACCAUGCUCUUGCGCCGGUACUCGCGUUCCGCGAUAGCCCGGCCGCCGAGGGAUUGGCCGCCGGCGGUAGGGAUGGCGAGGGGGUUGUCGGCCUUCAGUGGAGCGCGGCGGGACUUAUCGGCAGCGGCGCUGGCGACGGAGAAGGCGCGGGAUGAUUUCAGCUCGCUGUUUCGGGGGCCGUCGCGGGCCUUCAUGUCCUCCUCGCUCGGCGGCCAAUUGAUCUGCGGAGCAGCGUCGCGCACCGGCUCCUUGCCAUUUGUCGACAUGAUGCUCUGCGAUCUGGACGUGUCGUGAUUGGAGAAGGGCUGGCUCUGAACCGCUCUGGCUGAGGACGAGUGGGGUCUCGAUGAAAGGUGGGGUUGCCGAUGACGUUUGAAUUGGUAGGAGGCGCAAGGACAAGCUGCGCUCGGGGGUGCGCUCAACAGGCGAGUAUAGAGAUGGGCGACGAUCGUCCAGUGCGGACUAUCAAGGCAGAUCGGUUGGCGGCGGAGGGUGGUGGAGUCUAGGAAGGUCGGCGGGUGAGUUGGGAUGGUACGGAGCAAGCUGGGGAGAGAGGAUGGAGGGUGGGGUGGGCAAGUGGGGUGGAGGGUCUGGGGUAGUUCAAGUGGGG